GCGGCCUGCAGGCUCCCGUAAGGAAACCUGCGAGAGGGGCGUCGCUUAUCCUAUGACGCGAAAUAGCCCCGACUUUCGGCAUCUGGAGACGGAACGGGUGGAAGGAAGCCGUCUUUAACGCUGUAUUUGGAGACUUGAGCGGAACAUGGAAGAAAUGGAAAUUGAAGGUGGAAAUCGAAAGAAUAUGGAAGAGGAAAGCACUGAAAAGAAAAAAGAAGUAGAAAAAAAGAAAAGGUCCAGAGUGAAGCAGGUGCUUGCAGAUAUUGCUAAACAAGUGGACUUCUGGUUUGGGGAUGCAAAUCUCCACAAAGAUAAAUUCCUUAGGGAACAGAUUGAAAAAUCUAGAGACGGAUAUGUAGACAUAUCACUUCUACUGUCUUUUAACAAAAUGAAAAAACUUACUACUGAUGGCAAAUUAAUAGCCAGAGCAUUGAAAAGUUCUGCUAUUGUAGAGCUGGAUUUAGAAGGCACCAAAAUCAGGAGGAAAAAACCUCUGGGUGAAAGACCAAAAGAUGAAGAUGAGCGAACAGUGUAUGUGGAAUUACUUCCCAAAAAUGUUAAUCACAGCUGGAUUGAAAGAGUAUUUGGAAAAUGUGGCAAUGUGGUUUAUGUAAGUAUACCACAUUAUAAAUCUACUGGAGAUCCAAAAGGAUUUGCUUUUGUGGAAUUUGAAACCAAAGAACAAGCAGCAAAAGCUAUUGAGUUUCUUAACAACCCUCCGGAAGAAGCACCAAGAAAACCUGGCAUAUUUCCUAAAACGGUGAAAGACAAGCCCAUUCCUGCCCUCCAAGUAGCUGAAGAAAAGAAAAAGAAAAAGAAGAAGAAAGGGCGUGUGAAGAAGGAAGAGAAUGCACAGACCAAAGAACUACCAGUGGACACAAGCAGCGAAGGCAAAGUGAAAAGCUCCAGGGCCGCAUCUGAGGGCUCUGAAGCAGAAGCUACUGAACCCCAAAAGCAGCCCUCGAAGAAAAAGAAAAAACGUGAAAAGGGUCGUCUGUCCAAAGCCUCUGAAGGCAGAACAGAGAAGAGGAAGAGAAGCGGCUCUGAAGAUGCAGAAAGCUUAGCUCCCAGGUCAAAAGUAAAAAAAGUGGCCCAUAAAGACAACAGUAAAACUGAAACACCAGAAGUUUCCACAGAAAACAGAGAUUUAGGAUUCUCUACUGAAGAGGAAAAGGAUACCGGAGACAUUAAAGAUAGUGCUCUCUUAAAAACAAAAAGGAAGCAUAAGAAAAAACAUAAAGAGAGACACAAAAUGGGAGAAGAGGUUAUACCUUUGAGAGUACUAUCAAAGAGUGAAUGGAUGGAUUUAAAAAAAGAAUAUUUGGCCCUACAAAAAGCCAGCAUGGCUUCUUUAAAAAAAACAAUAUCCCAAAUAAAAUCAGAGUCAGAAAUGGAUACAGACAGUGGAGGACCUAAUAAGUCAGGAGUGAAAAAUGAAAAUGAAACCAGCAGGGAGGAGCCUGGCCCCCCAGAGAAGGUUCCUGCCACAGGACCACAGUUUGUGAGUGGAGUGAUUGUGAAGAUUGUUGGCUCGGAGCCCAUACCUGGCAGGAAACAAGUCCGGGAUACUUUGGCUGCAAUCUCAGAAGUUGUAUAUGUUGAUUUGCUAGAAGGAGAUACAGAAUGCCAUGCUAGAUUUAAAACUCCAGAGGAUGCUGAAGCAGUAAUGAAAGCAUGUGCGGAAAUCCAGAAGAAACACUGCUGGAAAGUAGAAAUUCUUUCUGGUGAUCAUGAGCAGAGAUACUGGCAGAAGAUUUUGGUAGACAGACAGGCCAAACUUAAUCAACCUCGGGAAAAGAAAAGAGGCACUGAGAAGUUAAUCACCAAAGCUGAAAAGAUUAGACUGGAGAAGACUCAGCAAGCAAGUCAACACAUUAGAUUUUCUGAGUAUGACUGAAAAUAAUUACAGUUGACCUCUUCCUGGUUCACUGGAUUCUCCACCAAUUCAUAGAAAAUCCAUUUGUAUUAUGGUAGUACUACAUAACAGAUGUUUUUCUAAGAUUUACCUUUAGUUAGAAUUGUUAUUCCUCAGCUUAAAAAUAAGACUCUUGAUUUUUCUUUAAGCAUUUUAUUUGUUGAAAUUAUCUGAGUUAACCUCAAGUGAUUUCCUAAUAAAUUUCUUUUGAACAUUAUC